AGAUACAUUUGUAUUACUUGAUCUCCGUGAAUUUGAAGAACGAAGGAGAGUGUGAAGAUGGCUAAUGCUAAUACAUACGUGCAGUUCACCUCUUCUCCGACUCAUUUUGUCAGGUCCCGCAGCAGUCCCCGCGUUGUGGCUGGCAUCCAACACACUGGCAUGCUCACACCACCGCCUCCCGUUCGUCCGAGGAUAACAGCAGAUGGAGGGACAAUGCACAGCUAGGACGACUUGAUUUAUAUGAGCUUGAUCAGGCGUCCGCGAAUGUCCGGAGUGUGCAUGUGAAGCUGUCGUCGCUCCCUCGGAAAAGGGGAUUCAAU